GGGUUACGUUUGUCAGUGCACGUUCCCUGCACAUUUGAGCCUAUUAGGCGCGCGCCUGGAACAUGCGCACUUUAACUAUGAUGGCGCCGCCCAGGAAGAAGCAUGUCCCUAAUGUUUACUGCGUUGUGAUUCCGUCUGUUGUGUUUUGCAAGUUAACUUUAGUAAACGCUAUGCAACUAUAUUCUUGUCGUCCAUGCCUUGAGAGUUUUACAACGUUUAGCCGAUUCAACACUGGCGACGAGGCGGAUCACACUGAGCGCUACGGCUGCUAGAACCCAUGGACUGGAAUUGGCCGCGAUAACACGGUGAUGUUCGCUAGCUUUUCUGUUUGAUCUGUGAACGCCAUAUUGGCAUGUGUGGACACGGACUUGAGAGGGACUGAAUUCAUCUGAACGGGAGUUUUAUUAGUUGUUUUUUUGCCCUUGCGGGAAAGCGCUAUGACAAGCUUAUGAAGAGCUGGCUAACUUUCGUUAUCGUCUGUAACGUCGCAUUCUGAUUAUCAUUAAAAAGAAAAGAAAACGCGCAACAGGAAAUUAAUCAAGUGAGACAAACUUUGCUAACAUGGCCACAUUUGGACGUAUUGAAGAAUUCACAGAGGAAAAAAGCAGCUCCUGGCAGGAGUAUGCAGAAAGACUAGAAUGUUUUUUUGUUGCUAAUGACAUUGUAGAAGCUGAAAAGAAAAGAGCAGUUUUUUUAAGUGUGUGUGGCCCAGCUACAUACUCCACCUUGCGGUCUCUCCUGACACCACGGCUGCCCUCAGCAGUUCCUUAUGAGGAUAUCAUAAUUUGCCUUGGUCGCCAUUAUAGCCCUGCUCCAUCACCUAUUGUCCAGCGGUUUAACUUCCAUCACUGCAAACAAAAACCAGACCAGCCCAUCGCAAGUUACAUUGCUGAGUUGAGAAAACUCUCAGUUUAUUGCGAAUUUGGGGACCAAUUGGAAAAUAUGCUUCGUGACCGCAUUGUGUGUGGUGUCCUUGAUAUUAAUCUGCAGCGCCGUCUCUUAGCUGAGCCUAACCUAACAUUUGCUAUGGCCGAGGAGAAGGCUGUGACUGCUGAAGCUGCUUCUACAAAUGCACGCAUGCUCCGCCCAGUGGAGGCACCUGUAUCUGACACAGCAGUUGAUGUUCAUCAAACUCAGCCCCGAAGAGGACAGAGUGUUACAGGUGGUGCAACGGAAGGCCGCAAGCCAUGUUUUCGGUGUGGGGGACCUCAUGCGCCACAAAGCUGCCGGUUCAGCACUGCAGUAUGCCAUUUCUGUAAAAAAAGAGGCCACAUUGCUCGUGUUUGCAUGGCAAAGGCACGUUCAAAUGCACCCUCUGCGGCUACACAUGUAGUUGAAGUGCAACCUCAGCAAACUGAUUAUCCAGGUGUGGAAACUGAGGGUAAUUAUCUUAUCAACUGUGUGACUGAGCAUGAAGUACCUCAGAAGAAAGUGCCAUACCAUGCCACCGUCACAAUCAACAGUAGGAAACUGAAAAUGGAAGUGGACUCUGGAGCCGCUUGUUCAUUGAUAAGUGAAGACACAUUUCAUUUCCUCUGGCCUGAAGGAACCCCUCAAUUAAUCAGCGACGACUGUGUUCUGAAACAGUGGUCGAGUGCACCCCUCAGCGUGUUAGGUAAGGUGCUUGUUGACGUGAAAUACCAGAAGAUGGAGUGCACCUUGCCCUUGCUGGUGAUUCAAGGUCGCGGGACCAGUUUGCUUGGACGUGACUGGUUUGGCGCCUUGGGCAUAGAGGUUACAGGUGUGUACCAGGUCCGCCAGCAGUCCACAGCGGCUAUAUUGGCAAAGUAUGCUGAAGUUUUUGCUGAGGAGCUUGGGGCUUGUCGGGGUCCUCCUGUCUCAAUUGAAGUGGAUCCUAACACAGCACCCAAGUUUUUCAAAGCUCGUCCGGUGCCUUUUGCAUUGCGGUCAAAGGUAGACGAGGCUUUAGAUCGCUUAGUCGAGCAAGGUGUGUUCAUGCCAGUGAAACACUCAAGGUGGGCCACUCCGAUAGUACCAGUCACAAAAAAGGAUGGUAGCCUUAGGCUGUGUGGCGACUAUCGUUGCACCGUCAACACAGCUGUUAAGCCAGAUGUCUACCCACUACCCACUGUGAGUGAACUCUUUGCAGCUCUAGCCGGUGGUACGGUUUUCACGAAACUGGAUCUGAAACAAGCGUACCAACAGCUCCUGUUGGACAAUGACGCAGCGGAAUUAUUGACCAUCAACACACAUCGUGGUCUGCUCCGUGCCUUGCGCUUACAGUUUGGAGUGUGUACAGCUGUUUCCAUUUUUCAACGAUUUAUGGACACGCUACUAGCAGGUAUUCCAGGAGUGAAGCCCUACCUUGAUGACACACUCAUUGCAGGCCGGACACAAGAUGAGCAUGAUGCACGCCUUGAUGAGGUGCUACGCCGUUUUGCCGAGAGUGGGUUGCGACUCCAAAAAGAAAAAUGCAGCUUUGCAGUCCCUGAAGUAGAAUACCUUGGAUUUCGGGUGACAAAAGAUGGAAUAAGUCCAACGGGUGAGAAGGUGGCGGCUAUUCGGAACGCUCCCACGCCAAGCAACAAGACCGAGCUCCAGGCCUUCCUGGGUUUGCUGAAUUUUUACAACUGUUUCCUCCCCAAUAAAGCCACUGUCCUUGAGCCGCUGCACCGCUUACUGGACAAGUCGGCAGCAUGGAGAUGGACCGAAGAGCAUACAACAGCCUAUGUGCAAGCUAAGCUGCUGCUGCAGGCUGAUGGCAUCCUUGCACAUUAUGAUGAAAAGAAGCCACUUGUGCUGGUGUGCGAUGCCUCGCCCUAUGGGCUUGGGGCACUGAUGAGUCAUGUUGAGCCAGAUGGCCGGGAAGCACCUGUAUGUUUCGCCUCACGCACCCUGACCUCGACAGAACGAAAUUAUGCCCAAAUCGACAAGGAGGCACUAGCUGUCGUCUUUGCUGUCAAAAAAUUCCACCAAUACUUGUCUGGCCGGCCAUUUGUGGUCCACACAGAUCAUAAGCCCUUGCUCGGAUUGCUGCAUCACUCCAAGCCGAUGCCCCAGGUCCUCUCUCGCAUGCUGCGGUGGAGUCUGAUUCUGGGCGCCUACCAGUAUGAGCUGUGUUACCGGCCUGGCAGGCAGGUGGCCAAUGCAGACGCCCUCAGCCGCUUGCCGUUGCCUUCGGCCACUACGGAAAUUCCACAACCGCUUGAGGUCUUACUGCUAGAGGCCGUUCCAGACGCUCCGGUGCAUGCUGAGAAGAUAGCAGCCCUCACGGUGAAAGACCCUGUCCUCUCCCGUGUGUUGAGAUGGAUCUUGCAGGGCUGGCCAGAUGGAAACAGUGACAAGCGUUUCAGUCCUUUUUUCUCGCGCCGCCAUGAAAUGUCUGCUCACAAGAACUGUGUGCUCUGGGGCAAUCGGGUGGUGGUUCCAGUACUGGCAAGGGCGGAGGUGCUGGCACUACUCCAUGACGCACAUCCCGGCAUUGUGCGCAUGAAAGGUCUUGCGCGCAGCUACGUGUGGUGGCCGGGCAUAGAUGCUCAGGUGGAGGAGGUGGUGAAGAGAUGUUCUACAUGCCAGAUGUCACGACAUAACCCUCCGAGAGCACCUGUGCAUCCCUGGGAGUGGAGCUCAAGGAAGUGGUCCCGACUUCAUGUCGACUUCGCUGGCCCAUUCCAGGGGAAGGUCUUCCUUAUUGUGGUGGACUCACAUUCAAAGUGGUUGGAGGUGGCGUUGAUGAAUUCCAUGUCAUCCGCUGCAGUGAUCACCACACUGCGCCAGCUGCUGGCAACCCACGGUUUGCCUGAUGUAAUUGUGUCGGACAACGGCACAGCUUUUACCUCGGCGGAAUUCAAAGGAUUCAUGGAAAGAAACGGCAUCAGGCAUGUAACGGUGGCACCCUACCACCCCUCAUCCAAUGGGCAAGCGGAACGUAUGGUGCAAACAACGAAGGAGGCAUUAGGAAGAAUCCUGAAGGGAGAUUGGCAGACACGGCUGGCUCGAUUUCUCCUGGCCCAACACACAACACCACACUCAGCCACUGGAAAGAGCCCAGCUGAAAUGUUGAUGGGUCGCCGCCUCACCACGGCCCUUGAUCGCCUUCACCCAGAUUUUGGGGCGGAAAUGCAAGAAAAACAAGAAAAGGCCGCAAGUAAAAGUCAAGGUACGCUGCGGCAGGUCAAGGAAAGAGAGGCUGUACAUAUGCGACACUAUGGAGGAGGCCCAAAAUGGGUACCGGGAGCAGUCGUGGAGGCUACAGGACCACUGUCGUACAGAGUACAAACAGCAGAUGGCCAAGUGCACAGACGCCAUGUGGACCAGCUCAGGGGACGGAUGUCCCCAGCUCCUGAUGCAGCACCUGUUUCUGCCAGUGGUGUACUGGAAUGGCCCUUGGAAUACUACCCCACAAGCUUGCCAGUGCCAGACCUCACACAGGUUGAGGCUACUCAAGAAAAGACUCAGCCCCUGCCGCAGGCGCCUCCCAGUUCUCCAGCUGUGGCUGAUUUCCCAAUUCUCCCUGCUCAACCCCAACGGCCAACCCGCCAGCGAGUUCUUCCUCGGCGCUUUCAGGACUAAAGUGGGGGGAAGGGGUGUGAUGUAUUGGGGUUACGUUUGUCAGUGCACGUUCCCUGCACAUUUGAGCCUAUUAGGCGCGCGCCUGGAACAUGCGCACUUUAACUAUGAUGGCGCCGCCCAGGAAGAAGCAUGUCCCUAAUGUUUACUGCGUUGUGAUUCCGUCUGUUGUGUUUUGCAAGUUAACUUUAGUAAACGCUAUGCAACUAUAUUCUUGUCGUCCAUGCCUUGAGAGUUUUACAACGUUUAGCCGAUUC